AUGCCACGAACACGACUUCGCAAAAAAAAGUCAGAACCACAAUCAACUGUACGACCGAAUCAUAAAUUACCGCCUGAACUCAUCACCGAAAUAUUUGAGCAUCUUCGAGGAGGCAUAUUAUUUCUAGACGAGUCAGUAUGUGAACCCGAAAUACCUAAUGCGAUCGACGACCAUUUCUCUUCAGAAAGGUCGGAUCUUUUUAUGGUUUCGAUGGUAUGCAGAGUAUGGAGGCAAAUAGCAAUAUCGAGGAUCUGGCAGAAAGUGAAGUUUCAACUUGACGUAGAACGUGAUUGGGAGAAAUUGUUUCAAUUGCUCAUGGAUGGAGGUUAUGGUAGAUAUGUGAGGCAAAUUCAUAUUGAGUACGAUUAUGACCCCAAACACAAUGAAACCGCUAUUUCUUUGGCCGAAAAAUUGGAAGGCAUCGUGACUUUCUCAGAAACUGUCCCCAGUAUGCAUACUAUCGUAGUAAGAUUUACUUCUGCUACAUCCGAUCAUAUCGCUGAGGAUCUUCCACCGGUAAUGGACAGUUUCUUCUCGGCAAUAGCUCAAUCGUGCAGAUCUGUCCGGUUCGUUAAAAUUCAUACCUCUGGUUUACGAGGGCCAAAUAAAGAUAAGAACAAAGAUGACAACCUUUACCUCCCGUCGGUCAGUGACGUCAUAUCCAUGGUGACAGACACUGUCCGAGAGAUCGACUUGAUGAUGCACGUUGCGAACCAGGAGACAAUUGGAGCCCUUCGUGAUUGCAAAAGAGUUGAACGUGCUUUGGUUCACUGUUGUAGUUGGGGUGAUUCUCCUGGUGAUUUUUACAUACUGUUAAAGUCUUGGAAAUAUCUGAAGAAAUUACAGAUCGAACCACCUCAUAACGUUGACCCCAACUGGGAGAAGACCUACACCAAAUCUCUUCAAUAUCUUUCCGAAAAUUGCGGCGAACAGUUGGAAGAAUUGUGGAUGCCCUUGAGAGAGAAGGAUCAAAAGUUAUUCUGUGAUCUUAUUAGACACACUCCAAACCUGAAGGUGUUGGCUUUGGAGGGAAGGGAGUUUGAAAACGAUGGACACUUUUUAGAUGUGGUAGCUAGAACUACGCCAAAUCUAAAUUACAUGCAUUUGUCAUUUUUUCCCGCUGUUAGUGGCGCGGAUGUUAGAAAUGUUCAUUGGGAUCAAUUGCUGGAUGUCAAUAUAAUGUGUUGCGAGGUGUUGGAAAAUAAGUCAAAAUUUUUCGAUCGCGUGAAGGAUGAAUACUGUCCUCAUCUUAAUAUUCACAUAUAUGAUCAAGAUGGAAAUGUAGUGCAGGUCAGAUAG